AUGAAGGGUGUACUCCGUUUUGGCAAGGUUGUCAAACUCAGUCCUCGUUACAUUGGUCCUUUUGAGAUUGUGGAAAGGAUUGGGAAAGUAGCCUACAUAUUGGCUUUACCAGCUACAUAUAUUGUCCACAAUGUGUUUCAUGUGUCUUCUCUAAGAAAGUUUAUAUCAAAAGAUCCUUCUAAGAUCAUAACAGAAGAUGUAAACUUACAGUCAGAUCUUACUUAUGUUGAAGAACUGGAUCGUAUCUUGGAGUUUAGUGUGAAACAACUCAAGAGCAGGGACAUACCUUUUGUUAAAGUUCUAUAG